AAACAAAACUCAGUCAAGUACUGCCAGUGCCAGCACAUCCACAAUCAUGGAGGAAACAGCUCCAGCUCUUCAUUCAAGUGGAUCCACAGAUGUCGAGUGUCAUGCAUGCGUUGGAAAGAAGCGCAAAGCCGAACAGACUUGUGUUGAGUGUGCAUCAUCAUACUGUGAGCAUCAUCUUGUCGUGCAUAACUCUUUGCACGUGGGAAAGAGGCACAGGCUUGUGGAGCCGAAUGCAGUGUUGCAGGAGAGCAUCUGCCCUGAUCAUGGCAAAAUGCUGUUUGUGUACUGCCGCACAGACCAGCUGUGCAUCUGUCACCUGUGCAUUAUUGAUAAACACAGAGGUCAUGAUGUCAUUCCAGUGGAAGAGGAAGUGGCCAAUAAACAGGCUUCAGAAAUUAAGGCACUGGAGAAGAAUGAGAAGAACUUCAUUGAGCUGAUCCAGUCUAUGAAGGACAAUCAAAGCAAAGUGACAGUGCUGAUUCAAGGACAGACAAAGUCUGCAGUGAACGAAGCAGAGGGAUUCAUAAAGAUUCUACAGCAGGAGAUCAGUAAUAUGAGGACCUUAGAUGCUGAUCUACAACGCCUGCAGCUGCUCUCUCAUACAAACACAGAUGUUCGAUUUCUAGAGAGUGCUGUGUCUCUGACCUCACUGACUGAGUAUAAAAAAACAUUCGUCUUCCUUGUGCAUCCGUACAAUUCUUUUGAGCGUGAUUCCAUGGCGGUUAAUGAACUAAUAGAAAAGCUAAACACGACCAGCAAGUUGAGUUUAUUCAUGAUUUCCAGAAAAG